CGUUACGUGCCAAUGGAUCCCGAGGUAGCUGCAAAACUCGCGAUAGUGCAAGUCCAUAGUAGUAUGUCAAGAGCAGUGUUGCACGUGUUUAUACGAACAUUCAACGAAGGUGACAGUGAUCGUCUUUGAUCCGGAGUUUCAUUUCUACACGGUAUUUAAUUCGAACAGAUAUGGUAGACGUCACAACAGCUUUGCCAUCCAAUGGAGGGGCGUCGUUAAUUGGACGUACCAGAGGUGCUCUUAGGUCUGUGCGAUCCGCUCUAGGAGGAAGCGGGGAGUAUCUUCAAGGCCUAGGGAAUAGAAUAGGAUCCGCUCUUAGCAGUAGCUUAGAGGAAAGCGAACUGACUACAACCCCUUCCACGCCGUCAUCAUCGCCGCAAGCACCACCGCAGCCUAUCAAGCCAGAAGAGCAAUUAGGAAGGCGGAAACUCAGGCUUCCGAGAUUUGGCGCAGGAUUAUCCUACGAGGAUUAUGAGGCAAUAGCGCGGCACAAAUUGGAACGGCAGGGUAGCGCCAAUCUGUCCAGAACGCGAAAGUAUCCGCCUGGGAUGACCUACGAGGAGAUAGCGUCCUCUAGAUCGGUUUCAAGCAAGAAACAGGAGAGCCGAACAGGAGAGCAGGACGACAUCAGUCCCGACCGCGACAGCCAGGAAAGUAUAGAGCCUAUUCAGGAGCAGGACAUCAAAGCGACCGGGCCCGAUCCUUACGAGAAAUUGAAUUACAAAGCAGCGAGGGCGCCGACCCGCUAUCAGACGGUUGUUUUCCGUUUAGACAUGCCUUGCAGCAGUGAUUCUACAAGCGAUCAAGAUGGAUACGGGCCUAGCACUAGUCUGGAUUCCAAUAUGGAUGGUCGCAGAAUGUGGCAAAGAUCAGGAUCAUCGGGCUCCGUUCAGUCCUGGGCUUCGAGCUUGUCGGCUGACAGUCAGUCGGAGGAAGCUGCUGCGGACUUUAUGAAAACUUUCGUACCUUUAUUGUUUGACGCGCCUAAUACUAUCGAUCAAGAGCAAAAGGCUAAUUUCGGGCAAAUGGUUUUGGUACUUAUCAAAUGUCAUGAAACAUUUUAA